UACUACAGGUGUUCUAAGGCAUUCAUGUCAGGUUUAUUUGUAACAACAAUAACAUCUUUAUAUUGUGCAAAAUGGAGGGUCUUGCACUUAUAGAACCAACAGAACUUUAUAAUAUGCUCCAGCAGGCAACAGUCUAUUCCAACUUAAGUGACAAUAAUUAUCUUUUAUUAAUAGAUGCCAGAAACAAGAAUGAGUACAAUGAAAGUCAUGUUGUCACUGCCAAAAAAGCACCCAGGAAUAAAGAUGGGCAGUUUUUUGUGCCUUUUGAUGCAGAACUGGAAUGUAAACAGAAUGUUGUAGUUUAUGACAGCAACUCUAGUAACCUGAAUGAAGUCACUGAUGCAACUGAUUGUGGUUCGUUAUUAUGGGAGAUGGGAAGCAGAAAUAAAGUGUAUAUUCUGAAAGGUGGUUAUGAAGAGUUUUCAGCAUUGUACCCAUUCUUGAGAACACAGAAGAUUAUUUUUAUGCCAAAGGAACUAGAUGAAAUCAAACCAUACCCAGCUGAGAUCAUUCCAGGAUUCUUGUAUCUUGGCAACUGGAGACAAGGCAAUGCACCAUAUGUACAGAAAGAUGUAAAGAUCAAAGCACAUAUCAACUGCUGUGUAGAAGCUGAAACUUUUUUCCCUGAGGCAGGACCUCAGUUGUUACAUAUUCAGGUGGAUGAUUCCAGUGAGGCUGAUUUGCUUGGAAAGUUUGAAUUGGCUUGUAAAUUUAUAGAAAAUAAACGGGAGAAGAAUGAGCCAAUAUUAGUGUUCUCAAACCUUGGUAUCAGCAGAAGUGCAGCCAUAGUAAUAGCUUAUAUGAUGUAUUACAAAAACUGCUCAGAUGUAGAAGCAUUUAAUCAUGUGAAGAAAUGCUGUAACAGUGUCCAACCAAAUACAGCCUUCUUGGAACAACUAAAGGCGUGGCAUAAACAGAGACAAGCAUAACUUUAUUUCGUCUGUAUUUUACUAUCUUGUUAUAACACUGAAACAGUUUUGUUGAAAGUUAUUUAUAGUUACAUUUAAAAAACUUUUUAUAGUCUAUUUAUCCAUGUUACUUAUUGUUUUCUACAAGUAUACAAGACAUUUGAUGAAGGAAGCAUUGUGAUAUAACAGAUUUUUUACGUCAUACAUUUAAUUUUCAUUUUGUUUUCAUAUUUUGUACCUCAUAAUUUGUAUACAAAUUUAAAUUCUGCACAAACUUUUUGUAUGUUAUACAUGUACAUUAAAAGCUUGGAAUAUUUUUGAUUCUUCUGUUUCGGGUCCUUUCACAGAAAAAAAAAUGUCUUUUUAUGAAAACCAUUUUACACAGUUAUUAAGCAGUUACAACUUCAAACAUUUGUCUCAAAAUUUACAUACAAUAUUUUGAAUAUGGAGAAUUACACUUCUAUAUUUCAGUAUUUGAAAAUUAAAUGUUGAAUCAUGUUAAGCGAGUUUUUAAGCAACAAUGUUUUUUACCAAACUUACCUAAAUAAUCAUGGGCCCAGGCCUUAUAUGAAGUCUUGAUUUGAAAUGGAUGCCUUUUAAUUAACUGCACUUACUUAAAAAAAGUAUUUGUAUAGGAUUUUUGAUAACUUUAUAGAUGGUCUUUGCUGUAAAUCUAGCGUCAAAUAGAUUUAAUGAAAGUUUAAUUGCCUUGCGCUGUGUCAAAUACUUUUUUAAACUUGUAUAGUUCUUUAUGCUGUUAUACUUAGUCUAGAACACCAAAAAUGUCCAGUAAAGCAGAAUGUUGCAGAAAGUCUGAAGUCAAAAACAGUAAACAGUUGUGUUUGUUACAGUUCUUACCAGUAUAUGUUAUGUUUUUGUUAGCUCGACUAUUCGAAGAAUAGUCUAGCUAUUCUACUCACCCUGGCGUCGGCGUCGGCGUCGGCGUCACACCUUGGUUAAGUUUUUGCAUGCAAGUACAUACAGCCAUCAAUUAAAGGCAUAUAGCUAUGAAACUUCUUUUUUCUUUUUCUAGGUCAGUUACCAACCUCUCUGGGUCAAGUCCCAUAACUCUGACAUGUAUUUUGAGCAAAUUAUGCCCCCUUUUGGACUUAGAAAAUUUUGGUUAAAGUUUUACAUGCAAGUUACUAUCUCCAAAACUAAUGCAGAUAUUGAUUUGAAACUUCACAUGUGUCUUCGGGGUUACAAAACUAGUUGAUAGCAGCAAGUCCCAUAACUUUGACUUUCAUUUUGGCCAAAUUAUGCCCCCUUUUGGACUUAGAAAAUUCUGGUUAAAGUUUUGCGUGCAAGUACAUACAGCUAUUUCUAAAAGGCAUAUAGAUUUGAAACUUACUUUUUCUUUUUCUAGAUCAAUUACCAACCUCACUGGGUCAAGAUCCAUAACUCUGACAUGUUUUUUGAGCAAAUUAUGCCCCCUUUUAGACUUAAAAAAUUUUGGUUAAAGUUUUACAUGCAAGUUAUUAUUUCCAAAACUAAUGAAGAUAUUGAUUUGAAACUUCACAUGUGUCUUCCGGGUUACAAAACUAGUUGAUAGCAGCAAGUCCCAUAACUCUGACUUUCAUUUUGGCCAAAUUAUGCCCCCUUUUGGACUUAGAAAAUUCUGGUUAAAGUUUUGCGUGCAAGUACAUACAGCUAUUUCUAUAAGGCAUAUAGAUUUGAAACUUACUUUUUCUUUUUCUAGAUCAAUUACCAACCUCACUGGGUCAAGAUCCAUAACUCUGACAUGUUUUUUGAGCAAAUUAUGCCCCCUUUUAGACUUAGAAAAUUUUGGUUAAAGUUUUACAUGCAAGUUAUUAUUUCCAAAACUAAUGCAGAUAUUGAUUUGAAACUUCACAUGUGUCUUCGGGGUUAUAAAACUAGUUGAUAGCAGCAAGUCCCAUAACUCUGACCUUCAUUUUGGCCAAAUUAUGCCCCCUUUUGGACUUAGCAAAUUCUGGUUAAAGUUUUGCGUGCAAGUACAUACAGCUAUUUCUGAAAGGCAUAUAGAUUUGAAACUUAUUUUUUCUUUUUCUAGAUCAAUUACUAACCUCACUGGAUCAAGUCCCAUAACUCUGGCAUGUAUUUUGGGCAAAUUAUGCCCCCUUUUGGACUUUGAAAACUCUGGUUAAAGUUUUACAUGCAAGUUUCUAUCUCCAAAACUAAUGCAGAUAAUUAUUGAAUUGAAACUUCACAUGUGCCUUCGGGGUUAUAAAACUAGUUGAUAGCAGCAGGUCCUAUAACUGAUUGCAUGUUGGUCAAAUUAUUCCCCCUUUUGAACUUAAAACUCUUUUGAUAUUUAACCUUUUUGGGUAAUAUUUUCCUGCUUCUGGGACAAUAUUUCGAAUAGUCGAGCUUGGCUGUCUUACGGACAGCUCUUGUUUGAUUUACUUGUUGUAUAUCUCUUGUGAUAGUUAUAUAACAGUAAAUGUGUAUGUUACAGUUCUUACCAGUAUAUAUUUUGUUUUUGUUUGAUUUACUUGUUGUAUAUCUCUUGUGAUAGUCAUAUUUUAAGACACAAUGUCAAACUCUGUUAACUCGAACUUGGAUAAUUCGUACACCACACUUCUUUCGAACUCAUCGCCAGGUCCCAGAAAAAUCCCUUUAUAAUGAAUUUUGUUUGAUAUAGCUUUCUGUCCAAUUCCUUAAUUAAUGUUUUGUAAAUGUUUCAUGUAUUACUGAAAUAAAAUAUGUUUAAACUAACUGGAACAAACCGAUCACUGGAACAAAUUUUGCUGAUCCCGUCGUGUUCGAGUUAACGAAGUUUGACUGUAUUUAUUGUUUCAUCUUUGUACUGUUAAAAUUUAAUGUUUCUGUUUGUUUCUUACAACUGUUAUUUGUUAUACUCAAUGCUGUUAGUUUUCUUUCUACAGAAAGUUGUUGCUGAAGUUAUGUUUCCAGUCUCUUUGUACUUUCAGAUUAAAAUGUACAUGUAGUUAUGAAUUAAACCUGUAAUGUGCCAAAGCUUGCUUUUAGAACGUCUUAGUGUAUACAUUUAAACAUUGAAAAUAGUAAAGUUUUGUUUUUGUAAAGACUGUUGUACACAGAACUUACAUGUACAAUCUGGGGAGUUUGGAUUCAAACACAGGUGCAUUUUCUCAGUGUUGAUUGACUGUUGGUCAGUCUUUCUCCAUCUGACCACAUCUAUAUUCAGAAUUGGAGAAACGGUUUAUCGUUAGUGGAGAACAGAUUAAAUCUUGUAAGAAAUCGAGUAGCCCCAGUUACGUGGACUGACAACUAUAUGUAAUUAAAAUAAUGACAAAAAAGACAAGUGUUUAAUUAAAUGCAACAAACAAAAUUAAUGUAGGUGUGAAGGGUAAAAGAAAAAACAAAAUGAUCUAUUUUUCAUUGUCAUUUCAACUCAGUUCUGUACCUAUGGUGCCUUUUUCCUUAUAUUGUAUCAGUAUUAGUGUACUGUAAUGUUGGGUACAGCUAAAAUAUUUAAACAACACCAUUUGAAAUGAUGAUGAACAAAUAUGACAAGUAAUACUUUUUUCAUUUGACUUACGUUUUACAAGAAUAAAGAAAAUUGAGUUUAUUUUCCCCUGAUAUUUUGCUUUUAUAAAAAAUAUCACAAUAGCAUUGUUAUAACAGAUAUUGAUUUCUGCACUAUAUAUUAUUUUUAUAACAUAUUGAAAUGAUUUUCAAAUUUUCGUUUAAUAAUAAACAAAUGGAUGUUUUA